AUGGCCGACGAAGAAUGCGACACGACUGAUGUUGUGAUUUGCGGCUGCGGCCCCACUGGAGCCAUGCUAUCGGCUUAUCUAGGCCAGAUGAAUAUCAACAAUAUUGUUCUAGAGAAGCAUAUGGAGAUUACAACUGAUCCACGAGGCAUUGCCUUGGACGAAGAUGGUAUUCGAUGUCUUCAGGGAACUGGCAUUUAUUCUUCUAUCUUCUCGGAAAUUGGAGCUUCUAUCAACAAAUUCAAAUUCAUCGGAGGAAAGGAGCGAGUCCUAGAGAAGAAGCCAUUUUUCGAAAUGGACUUUGGAACUACUCAGGGUGGGACUGGCCACGUGGGAUUUAUGUGUCAUAAACAACCAAUACUAGAAAAGCAUCUUCGAAGGGCAAUGUCAGGUCUUGAAGUUUGCGAACUUCGUUCGGGCUGUGAGAUCACCGGCUUAUUUGAAGACGAGAAAGGUACUGUCUGCGAGUAUCGCGACGAGCAGGGCAAGACUCGGCGCAUCAGAUCACGCUUUUUCGUUGGUGCUGAUGGGAAAACUGGCUUUACAAGGAAACAGUAUCUUGAGCCAAAGGGAAUAUUCAUGGAAAAGGCUCACCAAGCUUUUUAUGAGGAGACUUGGGUUGCAUUAAAUUGGGAAAUUCAACUUCCCAACGAACAAACGCAUCCUAAUUUUGCAUUGUGGGCAUUGGGCUUUACUCCUGAACAAGUCUAUGAUCUCUUCUUCCCUAUAAACUUUCGCUUCAUAUGUAACCCGAAUAGGUCUUCUGUUUGCGGCAGAUUUGGACUUCCAGAAGACAGGUUAUGGCGAUUUGAGUUUGUGAUUCUUCCAGGCGAAGAUGGGGAAGAAAUGUCCACGUCGAAGAAAAUUAAGGAAGUCGUUUUCCCUUACAUUACGCACGCGGGUAGUCGAUAUGGGUUAUCCCAUGAUGUUGCUUUUCCCGAAGAUUGUAUCAAGGUGCUUCGCUCAAGACCUUUCAAAUUUUCUGCGAGAAGCUGCAACAAAUGGUCGGAUGGUCGGGUCAUACUAUGUGGCGAUGCUGCCCAUGUUUUUCCUCCUUUUGGCGGUCAAGGUAUUGCAUCGGGUUUUCGAGAUGCGAUUUCACUUUCCUGGAGACUCGCAGUACUCUGCCGGCCUCAGUACCAAGGAUCUAAUUUCCACGAGAAAGUCCUUAUGGCAUGGUACAAAGAACGAAAACAGCAACUCGAGAUGUCACUCGCAUUGACUGUUCAAAAUGGGGAGUUUGUCACCGAAAGCAAUGCGCUUAAGAUCUUUAUGCGUGACAUGUAUUUCUGGCUCAUUCAACUAGUACCUUCUUGGCGGGAGGAGCUAAAUUUGGGCCCUCGGAAGGACGGAAUGAUUAGAUAUGAGCAUUCCCAAGGGUUUCCUUUCAUUCCAGAAUUCAACGGAGGUGUCUGUCUCCCACAAGUGUAUUGCAAGUCAAUCGGUGGUCUUAAUGAGCCUGGUGGGAUUUGCUUCACCGACGAUGUCAUUUUCAAUCCACGCAAAACGGGGUUAUUUCAGCUGUUGAUAUACUUGAAAUCCACGACCGAAAUCCAAUCGGCUCAGGAAAUCGCCGCUGAUAUCGACGAUAUGUCCAAUGGAGAAGUUCGCGCAGGUGAGAUGACGAUAUUGGUCGAAGACAUGGAGUGCAAGCAAUAUGGUGGUGCGGAAAUCGAUAGUAGGCAAGGGGAAAUUUAUCGACUGACUACUGGCGAUGAGUUUGCACGGUCGCCUUUGUGCAAGGGCCGACCAGAGCCGAAGUUCUACGAUCCUUACUAUCUUGGAAAACAGCUUGAAGGAACGAGAGAGGAUUUAAGAAAGGUUUGCGGUGUCUUGUUGUCUUAUUUGCAAGAGAUGAAUUGA